AUGGAAACGAUCACAAACGUAACCAACGCUGCCGUCAAGGCCGUCUGGGGCACGUCCGAGACCAAGCAAGAGCCGGUCUCUGGCGUCCAGGGCGACACCGCCAAGGGCGAACCCUACGAUGCCGGCAACCUAGAGCCCCAGAGUGUUCACAAUGAUGUCACAACCCCAAGAGCCUUGCCAGACGAUAAUGAGAAGCAACUCCAAGACGCCAAGAACACUCUCGGCGCCGGCGCCGACACCACUGCCAGUACCGACAUUGGAAAACCAGAGCUCGCCGAUGCCAAGCCUGAGCACAUCAACAAGCCCGUCGCUGCUGACAGCUCCGUCGGCGGCCAGCACGACACCCGGGACCCCAAGGACAACCCUGAAGAUGACCCAGUGCCCAACGUUGACUUGAGUAAACCCGGCCCCAAACCUUUGGAGACUGUCGCGAAGGAGCACGGCGGUGACGCUGGCAAUCUCAGCAAGGGUACUCCCCAGCCAGGAGCUUCCUCCACCAAGGCCGUCGCAAAUGACACCUCGGAUAGCCUGCAGAGCGAGAGCCACGGGACAGGUACGGGCGAAAAACACAUCAAGACAACCGGCUUCGCUGCCGAGGGAGGAGACUUUGACGCUGCGAAUGCCGGCGCUGCCAUUGAAGCCGACCGCCUGGUCAAGGAGGGAGGACACCCCGGCCCCAGCUCCCCGGGCACAGGCCUUGGCCACACAGAUAGCAAGGACAGCAGUGGUAGUGGGGAGAAGAAGAGCCUCAAAGAGAGGAUCAAGGCCAAGCUGCACAAGCACUGA